UGGCUGUGCGGCCCAGCUCCGGUGUGGAGGUUGCUCAGUCGCGAUUGCAGGCGCUCUGGCAAUUCGCUAUACAGCGGCUUCCAGCUCCUGCGCGCCCGCACGCAGCUCCCCGCCCGGCACCCGCCGCCCCGCCCCUCCGCACGGCGGACUGCGUUUCCCAGAGGCCCCCGGGCGGCGGGGCGGAAGGCGUGCUGGGUGUCUGAGCAUGGCCACCGGGGAGCUGGGGAGCAGGUCGGCUGAGAAGCUCUUCUCCCUCAGCGGGCUGUUCGCCGUCUACAAGCCCAAAGGGCGCACCUCGGCUGCCGUGCUCAACCUGCUGAAGGAGAGGCUGCUGGCAGAAGCCGGCGUGCAAGUAAAAGAUAACAAAAGAAAAAGGCAAGCCUUGAAAAUUGGACAUGGUGGAACUUUGGACAGUGCGGCAACAGGAGUUCUGGUGGUUGGUAUUGGAAAGGGAACAAAAUUGCUGAAAACUAUAUUGGCAGGUUCCAAGAAGUACACUGCCAUUGGACUACUGGGCAGAGCUACUGAUACAUUAGAUGCCACAGGAAAAGUAACUGAAGAAAAGCCUUAUGACCAAGUAACAAAAUCAGAUCUUGAGAAUGUGCUGCAGAAGUUCACAGGGGACAUAAUGCAGGUUCCUCCACUCUAUUCUGCUUUGAAGAAGGAUGGAGAAAGGCUAUCAACUCUAAUGAAGAGAGGAGAAGCAGUAGAAGCAAAGCCUGCUCGGCCAGUAAGAGUGUACAGCCUCUCUCUCCAACAGUUCCAGCCACCACUGUUCACACUGGAUGUCGAAUGUGGCGGUGGCUUUUAUGUCAGGAGCCUGGUCAGUGACAUUGGCAAAGAACUUUCAACCUGUGCCAGCAUACAGGAGCUGACCCGAACCAAACACGGACCGUUUACGCUGGAGGAGCACGCACUUCAUGAAGACAGAUGGACAAUUGAUGAAAUUGCACGAUCCUUAGAGCAUUGCAUGUCUCUUUUCCCAGGAGAGCAAUCUCAUAAAAAAUUUAAGACAGAGCUUCCUGCAGAAACUGCUGUGAGCCGUGAAGAUAAGUGAUAAGUUGGGUCAAGGAAAAAGACUGAAUGAUUGAGACGUUUUUAGAUUGGAUUGGGAUUGUCUUGCCUUUUGUAGAAAUUUACAGGUCUGUGUUGGGAGGGUGACAAAAUGCAGUGCAAGACAAAUGGUUCUUUUGUUUUCUGGGGCUAGAACAUGCACUGAAAACAUCCAGUGCCUGCUGCUUCAUGAUCUGUUUAUUUCCCUCAUUACAUUGUGUAAAUUGUUCUGCGCUGACGUCAAGUCUGCAUAAACUUUUAAAGAACUUUUAGGGUGCCCUACAGCUGUUGUUACUAAUUCUUCAAUAAAAAAUUACAAACCUUAGGAUUUACUGAAUGUGCUCCAAAGAAAAAUUCUUUUUUACCUUGACAGAUGCUUCCAAACACUGAAGUGCCAUAGUGACAGGACUUUCAUAGCUGCAAGGGUAUAUGAAUGCAGAGUGGCAAUUUGUUUUCUUGAAAUCCAUUUUGGAAAGUGCCCACUUUACUGUAGUUUUUGCUAUGCAGAUUGUUCUUUCAGUCAAAUGUUAUCCAGAAUGCAUUAAACCUAAAUGCUGAUGUUUCAGGCGAGGUCUGAAAUGGUAUUGUAAGUGAAUAGUUUAUAAAUUCAAAGAGUCUGUAAAGGUAAUUGUUAUGUAACUAGUGCUCUGAAAGGUGCAUUCAUCAUUACAGGUAUAUAUAUCCUAUUCUGGUAUGAUAUCCUAAAUGUUGAUGAUCUGUCAUUUCAAGUCUAGUCAACUGCUUUGUCUUUCAUAGGGCUUUGAGAGUUGAAUUCUGCAGAGCGUGACUCGAAGCUGUGUGGGCAGCAGCAGGGUCCAACAUGGAGAGUCUUUGCUGAAACCAUGUUAGUUUGCUGGGGCAGUGAGUGCCUGUUCAAUAGUUCGCAUAUUCAACAGAAUUUGAUUGCACUGAUAAUUUCUCAGUGCCACUUCUCUAGAGGUUUGCAGAAUGACUAAGAGUAAGGGCUGCUGGUGCUGAAAAGCACCCAGAUUCUUUCUGGCUGUGUACCAGACUGUCCAAGCAGGGCUUUCAUAUUUGUCCCCAUUCAAUAGUCUAGUAGCACAUCUACUUUCCUUUUGCUAAAACUAUUCCUUUUGUUCAUUGUGACAUGUAUGACAUGAGUAUCUGAGAGAAAGCCCUGCAUUUUAAGUAGUCACUGAAUUGCCAAACAAGAGGAGUGGAGUGGCUGCAGUUCCAUGCUGCUCGCUGGCCAGGUGGUCUGCUGAGGCUUUGUAAAACUCCUACAAUAUCAACAUCAGUUUUGGUUCUGGGAUACAGCUACUGGGUUCUCUUACUCUAGUGACUGAAGCGGGAAGGCAACAGAAGUUAGAUCUUGUGGGCAUAUCUUUCACAGAUGUGAAACUUUGAUUUAAUGACUGUGUUACUCAUCUUGCUGCUUUCUGUGGUAAGCUGUCUCAAUGGCUAAUUACCUGCCUUGUAUGAAAGAAGUGACAUUUUAGUCCCAGUUAGAAAAUCCACACACCACGUUUUACAUCUCUGCACCUUACAUAGUGCAGCUUUCUCUAUGUGCUGGUAUUAUGUGAAAUGAAGUUCAAACUUUGCUUUCAACUUCAGUAAAUAUCCUAAAGUUUUUAUUGCAGAAUACCUUUUGAGACAACUGUAGUUUUUAUUUGUUUGCUAUAAAAUAAGGAACUCAAGUCUCUGCAAGAUUAAUGAAGCCUCUUUUGAUUGUUCUUGGAGGAGGAUAGAGCUUAUCUUGUGUUGUCCAGUAAACAGUUUUCUUCUUUUAUGUAUUCUUAUAAAGAACUUAAGGGAAACAUUGAAAAUGCUGCACGCACAUCACAGCAUUGGAGCACUGCAGCAGCACCUGCUUUAUGUAGAAUGUGGAUGAAGUAACUGUUAUAAAAAAAUCCUGAUAUGAGAAAUGGAAGAAGAGUUGUACUAAGACAGCAGGAUGAUUCUGGGUGUUUCUUUUAUGGAUUCUUUUUGGUACUUUGGGUAGGAACAGAGAAGAAAAAUUGUUUUCAAGAAACAAGUGCUUAGAACUUUGUAUCGAAUUAAUGAACAGUUUAUUUCCAGGUGAAUUGUGUUAUAUUAUGGAAGCUAUUUCACUUACAGCUUGACUAGAGAGUAUGCUUGGUUGUACUGAAAAUGGCAGAUAGCAUGCAUUGUGACGUCAGACGUAAGUAAGAUAGCUGUGUUUAGACAGUACAUGGCAUAAAACCAUGAGCAAGUAAUGUAAUAAAAGCUUAUUUUGUGACCAGAGGUGAGUAUCAGACCUGUUCCGGCCCUAAACAGUUGAGAUUCUUCCCAUUGUCUUUCCUGGGUGCUCAACCUCACAAAUGUGCUCUUUCCUGAGUAACUCUAUGCUUUGAGUGAUUAGGCCCAAUGAGUGGUAGGGAGGCCACUGAAAAUUAAACAAAUAGCUUUUUUUAGAUGUGUUUUAAUGAGUGUAUAACCCCGUAUCUUGAAACUUUCCAGAUCUGAAAGUGUUGUGUUCCCAUGGGAACCUAGGGAAAUAUUCUCUCAUUUUAACUCCUUAUUAAGAUGCACGUCCCUGAGAUAUCAGCCUUAGGAACUGUGAUCCAUGGGAAGACUUAAGCUUUCCCAGAAGGAAAUCACAGAUCUUGUUUACUGAUGAUCAUGAUGUCUGAAGAUUAAGGGCUAUUUAAAUGAGAGGAAAAGUGCAGAUAUGGUUUUUCUGAGACAAGUUGAGAUCAAAACCAAGUGAGAAAAGUUGGUAUCAAAUGCCCAGCUGAGAGUACUUUAUGUACAAAGGUUAAUUAGGAAUUAUAUGCUGUUCUGGCCAUAAAAUAUGCAUGUCUCUGUGACUUACUACUGAAGUACUUCAGUGAUGCAGACUUGAGGAUUUGUGUCAUUUUAAUGAGCAUUGUUCAUGGAGAAAAUUCUGUUUCAAAAUAUAUACAUAUACAUAUAUAUAUAUAUCCUGUGUUUUGACAUAAAUAUUUUCCCUCUUGAGUUUGGAUUCGUGAUCUUUAAUCCAUGGCAUUAUGCUCCUUUAGUCUGGCCUUGUCUUUGCUGCCAGUGCUGGUGCUGCUUCAAUGAGACUGACAAUGGCUUUGUCAUUUAUCUCCUCCUAAUGUCCCUGCUGGGCAAGGUCUCUUUCUUCCUGCUUUAAAUGGUAGUUUUUCUGUGUGCUUCAUAUUAUUUUUCUGCUGCCAGCAUGCUGAGCAUUUUUUAAAUGUUUUUAAGUAAAAUCGAUAGGAUCUUUCUUUUUACAUAUAUUCAUCAAGCAAGAGCCAUUAGUGAAAUAUUUUAGGAGCGCCUUCAUCAAUAACUAACAUUUAGCAUCUUGCCCUGCAGAACUGGUUUUGAUUUAUAUGUUUAUUAGAAGAAAAUUAAGUCAAACAACUUUGGAUGGCUCACCAGAUUUUGGACUUUUUUUUUUUGGUGUAAUAAAUGGUCAAGUUGCUAUUGUGGUCAUGAAUGGCUCUAAGAAUUUAAUGGCUGGGAUCAUUCUUGGUUUGCUUGGUGGAGUUGAGGGAUUGGUUGGCAACAGUAUUUCUUUUAUUAAAAAGCAUUAGGGAAAUAAAAGCAAGGUGCAUGUGUGUGUGGGAGUGUAACACCACAGGAGGGAUGUCGUGUGGACUCUGAAUGGAUUCAGCCCAUCUGUGGGCAAAAUUGCUGUCCCUAUUAACCAUCAGACAUUUUUUCUAAUUUGCUUCUUUGUGAGACCUGGUUAAGGAAAUCACCAAUGCUUAGGAGCACAUCAGACAAGCAGGGUUAUCACCUGAAUGCUUAUGCCCUCAUUCGGAGCUGUGAGAUUGCCCAUUUUUCUUACUGUCUUUGAGGUCAGCCACAGGUUCAGACGGGUGUCCAGCAGGCACAGCAAGAUGGUGGUAAUUGGCAGCGGGUGAUUUCAGUGCUUGGGAUAAGAAAUGCUUUCUGAAAACACAGAGCUGCGUUGCAUGAAGGAAACCUUACUUUUUCCAGACCUCUUUUUGAAAAUGUGCUGGGGACACUGCAGUGUCUCAGAUAAUCUGUUAACAUAGGAUGCCAGAGGAAAGCCUGGAAGAAGUGGGGUCAAAUCAAAUCAGCAUCCUCUCCCUAACUUUUCCACAUGGCUUUGCUUUCUGUGUUGUGAGCUGUAAAACAAUGCAGUGAUGCUAGUAAAGGGCAUAUGUGGCUUGUUCCAUAAGACAUUAGUAACUGAGAGUGGGAGUAGAAAUGAGGCAAUAGAAUUGGUAGCACAAACACACACGUCUCUGCAGCUUACAAAAUAGCCUUCUUACCAGAUUUGUUUGUCUUAGGUUACAGCUUGGUGCCUGGCUUUCCUAUUUGCAUCCCAUUAAUUCAUCUGCUGCUUGAAACAUUCACCCUAAAAUGCUCUUGUCCUCUCUUGAGUUCUUUUCCAGGUACAAGAGGACAGUGGGAAAGCGUGGAGUAAAGAUGCUUGGGGAGAGAAGGGACAAGAAAAAACUGGUAACAAAGUAGAGCUGAAAAUGAAGAGGUCUUUUUGACCCAUUCCUGACGCUGUUCUUUUCCUAAGAAAGACAUAGUCCUGGAUGCUUCAGUGCUCUUUCUCAGGGACAUAGGAUUAUUUUUGAUCUUUCAGAAUUAAGUACUUCAAAGUCAGAUCUGCAGCUGAGUGUAUGCAUUAAAAACAAAAUGCAUCAUUUCACAGAUGUCAGACUACUUUUAGUGGCUUCAGAGCAUAAUUUUAUAGUUCACAUAGGAGGGGGGGUCUAGAAGAGGAAUAACAAGAGGUGAACGCAUAUUUCAGUUGUUACGUUUUGAAGUAGAUGAACUCAUUUUAGGCAAUCAUGAAAGAAGAUAUAUUAAGUAUUAUAAAGUAAGAAAGGUAAGGAGAGGAUGCCAUUUUUACUAGGUUUCUUUAAGCACAUAAAGCAAUUAGCUUAAAUACAUCAUUUCAGAGCUUAAGAAGCUUUUAGGUAGAAAUGCAUAAUAGAGGUUGUUACUGUAUACUGAUGUGAGAGAAGCAUUUCUUUUCACUUCAGCAGUUGAAAAGAUAGCUUUCUAUGAUGCCCUUCAAAAGGCAGCAACAUUUCACUGUUUUUGUUUUGCUUAUGUUGAAUUGCAGUAAAUCUCAACACGGCUUAUUCUUUGGUGAGCGGUAUGUCAACACUAUGUCAACACUGAGUCCCUGUCUGCAGCUGGCUUUCUUUGGGGUCAACAAAACCAUUUCAAGUCCUGCAGGUACAGAAUAUGCAUUUGCAGUGUAAAUGGAACAUUGUGUACAAACACUAAAUAUGCUUAAAAAAACCAGGAAUAAUACUCUGUAAUCUUUGCUAUGCAGAUUGCUCUUUCAGUAAACUGCUACACAAAAUGCAUGAAGGCUAGCUGCUGCUGCACUGCUUUGUAUAUAGUUCCUUCUUAGCUUUAUACUCUCACUUGAACAAAGGGCACUGGCAGACUGUUGGUUUCUUGUCAGGGUGAUUAAUUUCACGUAGCUGCUCAUUCACAGAGUGACUGCUGCCUUUAACCAUUGCGUUUGCCCACUGUGAUGUCCUUAGCACAGUGUCUGCCCCUCUGCCAGCAGAAACGAAUGCAUAUCUUCUCCUCUGUCCCACCUGUGGGCCUUCUCAUGGACUGUCACAGUGAUGUGCAGUGCUGGUGUGGUGUCUUUGUGCAGGUAGGUGAGAUGAGUAAAGAGAUGCCCGUGUGUCUCCUGGUGGUGCUCAGCCACCUCUGGUGAAGGCAGAGCAGGCAGCGUUGUGGCAGUGCUCUGUACUGCAAAGGGUCAGCAGGGUGUGUAAGAGAAGUAGGUAACUUAAAGCACAUGGUGUUUCACUUGGUUUCAGUGAGACAACUCCUGCCUCGCUUCAGUAAGUUACAUACAUUAUUACUCACUGAAUUAUGUAUUUAAUUUUCACUUUUUCACCUUUUUUUUUGGUGAAAUACAAACAAAUGGGUUGAAAAAUGGUAUUUCUUUUUGCAGGGGGAAAAGGAGAAUAAAUAUUAAUGAUGUGGCACAUUACUUAGAGUUGUUCUGCAUCUGAUGAAUAUGUAACAGUUCUAUUUUCUACUUAAAACUUAAAAAUUGUCAGAAUAGAAUUAGUGUUACAUCUUAUGUGUUUAUCUAGGAAAUGUAUUUGUUUCUCUAGAGACUGCUAUUAAAAGCUGUGCAGAAUGAAUAAA